AACUGUGUUGACUAAGUAGUGGUCAGUACAGGACCGCUCCUCUCUGUGAUUUAUAUUGUGGGUGUCUAGGCGUUGAGACAGACAAAAGCACAAAGUAGACUUGGACGAAAUGCAACAACUCAAAACUUCUGGUGUCCAACGAUAAUGAAAGUGUUUAUUGGUAAGAUAUACGUUUUUCCAGUCAUCUGUCGUCUUCUGGUCUCUAGCAAGUAUUCCUUCACAACUGCUCAGUUCUAUCGUAGCUCUUUUCUCUCUCUUCCUCAACUAAUCCGUAGUUCUUCUCUAUCUUCCUCAACUAACUAAUGUCGCUCCUUUCCCUCUUCCUCAACUCGUCGUACCUCUGUUCACUCUCCCUCAACUAACCUAACUCAGUGAAAGCUCCCUCUUAUAUUUGGUUCUCUACCCCCCAUAGGUGGUCCAGGAAUGCUAUCUAUAAACACACCCCUGCCCCCUAAUUUCCGGUCAAUUAGACCUUCCCAUUGUUAACCCAAAAAUUAUCAUGCGAAGUCUUGAAAACCCGAACAUACUAUUAUCCAAAGAAACAAUCCCCCACUAUAUCAAGAUGUGAGAGUCUAUUAACCUUAACUUAACCCCAUUAACAGCAGUUUCCUUCCAUCCUAUAAGUUACUUUAACAACAUAACCCGAACAUACUAUUAUCUAAAGAAACAAUCUCCCACUAUAUCAAGAUGUGAGAGUCUAUUAACCUUAACUUAACCCCAUUAACAGCAGUUUCCUUCCAUCCUAUAAAUUACCUUAACAACAAUGCAGCUUUAUCCUGUACCCCCGCCCCAGUCAUUUGUGACAAAUUCAAUGACUACUAACAAAUCAAUGAAUAUACAAACAAAUCAAUGGUUAUACAAACAAAUCAAUGACUAUACAAUAAAAAUCAAUGACUAUACAAAGAAAUCAAUGUCUAUACAAACCAAUCAAUGAUUAUGCAAACAAAUCAAUGAUUAAACACCUGUGUGUAUCUAAACCAUCCAAUGACACUACACUUGUGUGUUUACAGGAAAUGUCCAACCGAAGUGUGUUCGCCCUCUGUGUGGCCCUGGGGACAGGCGUCACGCUGGUCAUCAUGGUCCUCGUCCACGCUGGAUGGACAUCACAGAUGUCCUUGCCCUUUCUGUCAAUGCGCGAGAGCACCAGCCAGAUGAAAGGUAACUGGUAAAUGUUUGGUAUACGUGUUAACGCAAGUUGCGGCGGGGGGGGGGGGGGGGGGGGGGGGGGGGGGGGGGGGGGGGGGGGGGGGGGGGGGGGAGGGUGUUGUUUCUUGACCCUUAGCGUUUAAAGGGAAGUAGGGAUGAGUUCUUGCCCAUGCUUGUAUCCCUAUGUGACUCAUUACAUCAUUAGUAGGUGAAAUAAAUCUGCGGUGUAACAUCGGGUGGGUCCUUCGAAUAUUAAUAUAGUUCAGGGGCGCGGAAAAAAACAAAACGUGCGGUUGAGAAAAAUAUUGGGAGGUAGGGAGGGAGGGAGGGAGGGGGGCACUAAUUUGGAUUCUUUUAAACGCUGUACUUAAAUGCUAUUUUGAGUUAAAUGGUACUUAAAAAAACGUUAAAAGUUCAUUCAAGUACAGCCGGCUGAUGCCGCAGUAAAUAAAUAAAUAAAAAAAUAAUUAAAGGUCCAUUUUGUACUUGAGAUUAUUUUAUGCUGCACAUCUGUCUAAUCCCCUGUUGUGUUAUCAUCUAUACCAGUGGUUCUCAACCUUUCGAGUGCCGCGACCCCUUAAUACUGGUUCUCGUGUCGUGGCGACCCCCAAGCCACACAAUUAUUUUCGUUGCUACUUCAUAGCUGUAAGGAUAUAUGUUUUCAGAUGGUCUUAGGCGACCCCUGGAAAAGGGUCCCGCGACCCCCAAAGAGGUCGCGACCCACAGGCUGAGAACCGCUGAUCUAUACCUUUACCGUUGACGAGUCUAGCCAAAGUGGGGAAAACAUAAAGCCAUUUACACACUUUGUCGAUAGACAUUCCGUUCUAGAAUGCCUUGAUUUUGCGUUUGGGUUGUGACAGAUUCAUUGGCUUCACGGCAGACCGUCGGGAACAAUUCAUUAAAAAGUUGGAAGGUCCACUCAGGAAGCAUCAACAAUUAAUCCAGAACUCAGAUAUCAUUUAAAUCAUGGGAAAUCGAUCGCUACCUCCACGCUACAAGAAUGAAAAUCUCACUUUCUUAAAUAUCAGCUGUUUUUUUUUUUUCUUCUUCUUCUUUCUCAGGUGAUUCGUCCAAACAAUUAGCUUUAAAAUGCGACCCGGCUGUCAUGGCAACAGGACCGACUACUCCGAGCAAACCCAAACUAAUGCUCUUUCAUUGGUUCCCGAAUUACUUCACGGAGCUGAAACAAGCCUCGGGCUUCACGUUCUUCAACACGUGCGAGAGCAAAUGCGAGAUGACGAUUGACCCCGGCCGGCUGACGGAGGCCGACACGGUCGUGUUCUACUCCCAUUACAUCCACGCCAAGCGACACCCUGCCCCGCCCGCCAGGGCGCCCGGGCAGCGGUGGGUGUUCUUCGCCCUGGAGCCGCCCCCGCUGACCGCGAACACCGCCUUCGAAACCCCGAACUGGCUGGGCGUUUUCAACUGGACCAUGUCCUUCAGGCUGGAAUCGGAAUUUUGGAUUGGCUACGUGCUCAUGACCCGGAAGGCGAACCCCGCGCCGGAAAAGAAAAGGUCGGAAGACGUCCGGAGGUGGAAGGAGAAGUUCGCCAACAAGACCAAGCUGGUCGCGUGGUUCGUGAGCCACUGCGGCAUGUCCAGCCAACGGGAAGCGUACGUGGCGGAGCUUUCCAAGCACAUCCCGGUGGACGUCUACGGGAAGUGUGGGAGCCUGAAAUGCGACGACAGGGGGCAGUGCUACCGGAUGCUGGACAGGGAGUACAAGUUCUACCUGGCGUUCGAGAACUCGUUCUGCCGAGACUACGUCACGGAGAAAGCUCGCGUGAUCCUGGAGAUGAACACGCUGGUCCCCGUGGUGAGGGGCGGGGCGGACUACAAGCGGGACUUCGCGCCCGACUCGUUCAUCGACACCGCGGACUUCGCGUCGUCCCAGAGUUUGGCCGCCUACCUCAAACAACUGGCAGCCGACGAGGUAAGUCGUGUCAGCGUGGUUUGCUAGAGGGAAUGAUUGGAAAUUUUCAAGUAAAGACGUUUUAAGUGGGAAUGUGCACGUGAAGAAGUUGUGAGGGGUAAUGAACAAGUAAAACAAAAAUAAAAAAAAUAUGAGUGGUAAUGUAUAAAUACAAAAUUUCAAGUUAGUGGAAAUGGUGAGGGGUAAUAUUUAAGUUAAUCAAAAUAAUGGGGGGGGGGGGUUAAUUAAGAUUGGCAGUAUACAAAUAAUGGGUGGUAAUUAUGAUUGGCAGUAUACAAAUAAUGGGGGGUAAUUAUGAUUGGCAGUAUACAAAUAAUGGCGGGUAAUUAUGAUUGGCAGUAUACAAAUAAUGAGUGGUAAUUAUGACUGGCAGUAUGCAAAUAAUGAGUGGUAAUUAUGACUGGCAGUAUACAAAUAAUGAGUGGUAAUUAUGACUGGCAGUAUGCAAAUAAUGAGUGGUAAUUAUGACUGGCAGUAUACAAAUAAUGAUAAUUAAUGCAUUGUUAAGUACAGUUCAGACUGGUAAUGUGUACAUUUAAAGAUAAUGACUGGUAAUUAGCAAGUUAUUAAAACGAAUACCUGAGAAUAUUAUACACAUGAUCAAUCAUGACUUCAAUGCACUAGUUUUAAGACGUAUUGAUGUUUAAAAAAAAAAAAAAAAGUCUAACUUCUUUAUUUGCAGGGUGAAUACUUAAAAAAGCUUCAGUGGUCCUGGAACUAUGACGUCACGAAACCUGGGUUCCCCCUCUGUGAGCUGUGUAAAAAAAUGCACGCGACACACGAGAGCUCGUGCGUGUACAAGAACGUCAUGGACUGGUGGAACAACGGCACGUGCCACGUCAGGAAAGACUUUUGAAGGAAUUGGUGUCUCCAAAAAUGGAGACAGUCAAACAAAGCAAACAUUUUUUUCUCCACACCUUGAAGAGUACCACGAUCAGAAGGAUGGAAUAAAGAUGUGUUUUUUUUUUUUCAAUGACAUGAUGGUGGAUAGGAUUUUUGGAUGUUGCCGAAGGAAGGUGUGACCAGAUGGCAGAUUGACGGAUGUGACCUGAUGGGUUGUGGACGGAUGUGACCUGGUGAUAGGUGGAGGGAUGUGACCACAUGCCAGGUGGAGGGAUUUGACCCAAAGCCACGAAGGUAGACGGGAUCUGACGACAAGUGAAUGGAUUGGACCCGAUGGCAGGACGAUAGAUUAAACCUACUGAUGCUCAGCAGGUAGUCCAACCUUUACUAUCCGUUCCCAAUGUUACAAACUGCCCCUAAUGUUACAAGCCAAUGUUACGUACAUAUCAACCGGUUUCAUAAACAACCAAGCACUACAAUGACAGCAUGAUAUACUGGGAACAUCGACCAAGCACUACAAUGACAGCAUGAUACACUGGGAACAUCGUCCAAGCACUUCAAUGACAGCAUGAUACAUUGGGAACAUCGACCCAGCACUACAAUGGCAGCAUGAUACAUUGGGAACAUCGACCAAGCACUACAAUGACAGCAUGAUACACUGUGAACAGCUUCACAUUCAUGAACUCUGGGAACAGCUUCACAUUCAUGAUUUUGGCUGUGCCUUUGCAUAAAUUGUACACGUAGCCAACCAAGUGAGGGAGUCCGUUCGCCCCAGGUGGCACUUCUCACCUUAUUUUGAGGGCCACUGCUCCUCUUAUGGAUGUCAAUAACGGAUGUGCACCUAGAUCUAAUUUUUAUUAUUCGAGAUUAGUGCCACCUCUGUACAGUUGUUUGCAACACUGAGCUCAAUCUUGUUUGAACACUUAUUUCAACUUAGUGCAGAAAUUUAUUUGAACACUUAUUUCAACAUUUUACUAAAUCUCAUUGAACACUUAUUGCAACAUUUUACAAAAUCUCAUAUGAACACUUAUUUCAACAUUUUACAAAAUCUCAUAUGAACACUUAUUUCAACAUUUUACAAAAUCUCAAAUGAACACUUAUUUCAACAUUUUACAAAAUCUCAUGUGAAC